AUGCAUCAGCCCAUUUCGAACAUGACGUUCAGAAAUCUUCAGCACCUGCUCCAAGAGGUUUCGGAUCAGGAAGAUGGUGGCAACCUGAUAUGCUACUCCUUAGGAAACACCGAUGAUCCGAUAACCUGUUCCUAUAAGCAACUUUUUCAACAUGCGCAGCGUGCCUCCUGGUCGCUUCGUGCAAGCCCCAUUGCCUCUGAUCUGAAUCCCGGGUGUGCGGUUCUUCUGCACUUCGAAUCCCACUGGGACACUAUUAUAUGGUUCUGGGCGGUUAUGCUGGCAGGGUGCGUGCCUGUCAUUUCGACAACACUUCCCAACGACCCUUCACUCCGCAUGGCGCAUUUGGACCACUUGUCGAAACUACUGAAGGAGCCAUUGUGCUUGACUCGCAACACUCUUGUAUCCGAGUUCAGCCAACAGCCAUCCAUCAAGAUAAUGGCGGUUGAUUCACUUGAUCAAAAGGCCGCCCUCCCCUUGCUCGACUUCACUAGAUCUGAACUGGGUGACACAGCAGUUAUGAUGCUCACCUCGGGCAGCACGGGGAAAUCCAAGGCUGUGUGUCUCACUCAUGGACAGAUUCUAGCUGUUCUGGUCGGGAAACUAUCCGUUGUGGCUCUCCGUGGAAAUAGCUUCAUGAACUGUAUUCGUCUCGAUCAUGCCGCCUCUCUCGUCGAAAUCCAUCUGCAAGCUAUGUUGGCGCUCAAAGAUCAGGUUCAUGUCCACAGCACGGAUGUACUUUCCGACCCAAUCAAAUUUAUAGACCUGAUCGAUAGGCACAGAGUCACCAGAACCUUUGCUCCAAACUCCUUCCUGGCAAAGCUUCGUACCACCUUGUCCGGGGUAGCAGCUCCAUCUGGCGCAACGAAUGGCGUUUCGCACAACUGGGAUCUCAGUUGCCUGGAUUAUGUGGCUUCAGGGGGCGAAGCAAAUGUAACCAGAACAUGCGAUGAGGUCUCAAAACUCCUUGUCCGCUAUGGAGCCCCGAGAAACGUCAUCGUUCCUGGCUUCGGCAUGACAGAAACAUGCGCUGGUGCGAUUUUCAAUACCAACUGCCCGCAGUACGAUAUUGACCACAAGCUGGAAUUUGCCUCUGUCGGAACUUGUAUGCCAGGUAUUGAAUUGAGGAUCACAGAUGAUUCGAGCAACAACGUUUGUCUAUCCCCAGGAGAGAUCGGUAACCUGGAGCUCAGGGGGAAAGCGGUCUUCAAAGAAUAUUUCAAUGACGCCCAAUCGACCGCAGAAUCAUUCAGCAGUGAUGGAUGGUUCAAGACAGGCGACCGAGCCUUCAUCGACCGGAACACCGGGUAUUUGAACUUGACAGGCCGACUGAAGGAGACAAUGAUCAUCAACGGAAUCCACUAUAGCCCUUAUGAGAUUGACAGCUUGCUUGAUCGGGCCGACAUCCCAGGCCUCACUCCUAGCUUCAACUGCUGUUUUUCUUCGUUCCCGGCCGGCGCAGACACAGAAAUGGUCUGCCUGGCGUACCUACCGACCUACCGACCGGAGGAUAUGGCGACGCGUGUGCGAACCACCGAAGCAAUUUCCAAGAUUGUCAUUAUGGCUACUGGUUCACGCCCGGAGAUCAUUCCAUUGAAUGAAUCCAUUCUUCAAAAGUCCGCGCUUGGCAAGGUAUCUCGUCAAAAGAUCAAGACGUGUUAUGAAAAAGGCGAGUACAGAUCUUUUCAAGAGAUCAAUAGUGAAAUGGUGAGGCUUUAUUAUAAGGCAGUCCGCACCCCACCGCAGAAUGAACUUGAGCGUCAGAUCCUCGCGAUCUAUAUUGAAUCUCUGGGGCUUGGCGAGGAAGGGUUUGGUGUGGAAACUCCCAUUUUCGAUGUUGGAAUCACUUCCAUGGAGCUUAUCAAGCUGAAGAAAGACCUGGAAAGCAAAAUCGAUCUGGGUCAGGAACUACCACUGACGGCUGUCAUGACAAGCUCAACGGCACCAAAGCACCUCUUUGGCUUGUUCACCCGGGGGGCAGGUGAGGUGCUGGUUUUCCUCAACCUUGCGAAAUACAUGAAGGAUCGGCCGAUUCAUGCUUUGCGGGCGAGGGGAUUCAACGAAGGCGAAAUACCUUUCUCCACUAUCGAGGAAACUGUGGACAGUUACUAUGCCACUGUCAAAAGAACACAGCCCCACGGGCCAUAUGCGUUGGCAGGAUACUGCUAUGGGGCCAUGAUUGCGUUUGAGGUGGGAAAACUUCUUGAAAAGAACGGUGACGAAGUCAAGUUCGUGGGAGCAUUCAAUCUUCCACCGCAUAUCAAGUUGCGUAUGCGUGAUCUCGACUAUCGAGAAUGCCUGCUCCAUCUUGCUUAUUUCCUCGGACUUAUGACUGAGGAACGAUCGAGAGUAUUGGCGGUUGCGCUGAAGGGGCUUUCGAGAGAGGAGGUGUUUGACGGAGUGAUGAGAGAGUCUGAUCCAGAUCGCCUGGCAGAACUCUCAUUCUCCAAGCCAAGCCUGAUAAGAUGGGCUUCCCUGGCAUAUGUCCUGCAUAGCAUGGCAGUCGACUACGACCCCGAGGGAUCUGUGGCCAGCAUCGAUGUCUUUUGGUGCACCCCGUUGGCAAUCGCGGCGUCAUCCAAAGAGGAAUGGCUGAAUGAACAUCUCAGUAAGUGGCAGGACUUUUCUCGAGCCACCACUGGAUUCCAUGAAGUUCCUGGUAGGCAUUACACGAUGCUGUUGCCGGAGCAUGUCUUUGACUUCCAGAAGAUCUUGCGGGGUGUGCUAGAGGCUCGAGGAAUUUAG